GUUAUCGCUAUAAACAAACAUGUUAAAUAAUAAAAACAAUAAUUCUGAUCCUGUCAUAAAUUGUUAAUAAAGAUGCCGGCACCACAAAAACAAUCGUUUUUCUCACGCAACAUAGUCGCCGUAGUGAUGAUACCCACCCUGAUUGCCGUACACCUUGGUUGGAAGAUAUUGCAGGAGAAUCGCAAACUGGUUACAGUUGAGGAACAAAUUGAUUUGCCUCCAAUUACGUUUGCCAAAUACGCGCUGAGGAGACUGACUGGCGACGAGCCGGAGAAGGGCAACUCGAGCGACAGCCCGACCAAGUGAUCAUGUCCAAAAUGCUGUGUUGUUAAACUAAUUAAAAGCUAUUUAUUGCAUUCAAGUGAUGCAGUAAUUAGAUCUACGAAAACUUUGAACUGUAAUAUACAAACUAACACAUAAACGGACGACGUAAAUACAUACAUAUAUGCUUAUGUAAAAUAAACUCUGCAUGCAUGAAGCGAA